UAACUUUAUUUAUGCACAUUCCACUAUACCUUUUUCAAAGUUGAUUUAUGGUGAGAAAUAUUUAGAAGAAGUGCAAGCGAGCACUGCAGAAUACUCAGAUGUAUUUGAGGAGUGUAGCUCAGCUUUGACAACAAAAUUGCCAUCAGAAAUUGAAUUUCGCAAGAGGUCUAUUGUAAAUGAUACAGGUAUGGAAAGUAGUAGUAUUAUUGUUGGGUUGCUUAAAGCAGAGCAAACGCAUGUAUCUCAAGACAUCUAUGAGAUGUUUAAUAACUUUAAAGUUAAAACUGUACUGAUUGAUUAUAACAAAUUAAUUAACCUAGAAAAAAUUAAUGAAGAAUCUCUUCACUUUGCAAAACAAGAUAUAAGACUGGCACAAAAACUAACGUUAAAUCGAAUAAAAAUUGAAGUUGAAAAAUUUAUCAAAGAGCAAAAUAUAAAUAGAAUCUUUAUUCCUGAUAACUUACCUCUCCCCUCUACUGCUUAUUACCAGCUCGUAACUGAAGCAAUUGUAAAAAUAGUAGAUGAUAAUCCUUCAAUCCAUCUACUUGGUAUAUGUAGUGGUUUGCAGGGUAUUAUGAAUGCACAAGGAGUUGAGAUAGUGCAUUUUUUUGAUGAUGAAAAACAACAUAAAUCUUACUUAAAUAAUCCACAACAAGAAAACACAACGCUUCAACAAAUAAAAAUCGUACCAAAUAGUCGCUUGGCAGAAAUAGUAUCUAAGUUUUUAAUGCCGGAUGAAAACGGAUGGUUCUCAACAUAUUUUCCUGAUACUCAUGCAGAAGCAAUAAAUAACAGUCUUAAAAAUAGAAAAAAAUUAGAAUCACUAGGAUAUAAAGUCGUAGGAUUUUCAAAUGAUGGAAUGAUAAAAGCAAUUGAAGAUAGACAUGGCAAUAUUCAUUUUCAAAGCCAUCCAGAAGCUCUUGUUUUAAAAUCAGAUAAAAACUUUUAUUUAGAAAAACAACAGGAGCUUAAAAAAUCAAUAUUAGUUGCAAUUUCAAUAGUACAUGACUUCCUUUAUCGUAAUAAUUGCCAUCAUAUCGAGUUUUGA